AUGAGGUCAAUUAUCGCAGUGUAUGGACUUCUUACGGCUUCAUUCCAAAGCGCUAUCGGCUUUACGGUCGUGCACUCUGGCUGUGAAGGACUGGAAGAGCAGUCUGUACGUGUCGUAGGCGUGGUAGGAAUUUUCUGUGUGCCAUUGCGGCCAUGUGAAGGAUCAGUGAACAGCGGAACCAAUGAACCGCUUGCUUGUCCUCGGGAAGGCCAGCGAGAUGUCUUUGGGGAGGUGGAAUUGAUGACGGACAGUUGCUGUGCUGUGGUGGACAGCGUUAGCGGUGCACUGGGUUGUGUCUUAGCAGGAGCUGAGGAACGAAAGUCGGUAUGUCUACCGUCUGCAAAUUGGCGGCGGGAAAGAGAUUCUUUUCGUUUGAGUCGACGGAGAAAGAGAAUGCAGAAUGUAGCGGAUUCAUUAUCUCCUGCAGGUUCAACGGGGGUGACGCCAGCUCCCGUAAUUGAAACAGAUCCCUCAGUAGCUACAACAACACCUUUAGCAGCAGCCACAACUCCAGUGGCUAUGACGACAUUAAUUCCAAUGGCUAUGACGACAUUAACUCCGGUUGAAUAUUCGGCCACAGAAGCUUCAGCUACUCCAGUAGUUUCCUCAUCCGUUCCAGUAAAUUCCCCAUCCGUUCCAGUAAAUUCCUCUUCUGGUCCAGUAGCUUCCACUUCAGCCCCAUUUGCAACAGCUACGACAGUUGCGGUUCAUGUUCCUUCUUCGGUAGUUCCAGUCUCGACGGCUAAAACGGAAAUUUCGACAAUUGAUACGGCUGCCUCUGAUACUCUCUCCGAGUCAAGUUCGUCUAGUGGAUCGGGACCUACGUAUUCACCUUUUGUUGUGAUACCGACGCCUCUGACACCGACUCCACUAUGUACGAUGGGCUCCGAUUGCAACGACAAUGGUGGAUUGGUACUGGAAGUCUCAUCAGCAGAUACUUCUGGACCGGGGUCCGCAGCCGAUGGAUCACUGAGACCACCAACACCUACUUCUGUACCGAGAUCCGCAGCCGAUGGAUCACUGAGACCACCAACACCUACUUCUGUACCGGGGUCCGCAUUCGAUGGAUCACUGAGACCACCAACACCUACUUCUGUACCGGGGUCCGCAGCCGAUGGAUUACUGAGACCACCAACACCUACUUCUGUACCGGCAGCUGAUGUUGAAAUCAGUGAGUCAGCAGGCUCAUUGACGGGGUCAACAUCUUUGUCAAAUGGAAGCAUCCCAAUUGGUACAAUGGGAAAUUCUUCGGAGAUGAGAUCAACCUCAACAGGAUCAGUAGCAACCUUAAUCGAUGAAGGCACAGGUGCAAGCCUUAAUGUCAGCUUGGCAUCGUCACCAGAGACUGCAUCCUCAAAUUCAAGUUCCAACUUGGGAAGUGAUGAGCCCAGUGAUUCAGGUUCAAUAGCCGUCAACUCGGUGAAGAAUGGAAGUCUCGAUAACUUGAGCAAUAGUAACGCAGAGUCAAGUACGAAGGACAAUGUGGUACCGAAGCCGUCGCUGUCACGUUCGUCUUCGUCAAUAUUAGCGCCAGCCAGCCAUUCUUUGGAGAUCGAGCGUCUCACUCCCGUGCCUAUCGUGUCUCCAUGGUCGAAAGGUGUUCUACAGUUAUCACCUAUCACGGAUGAUGAUAAUGAGAACAGUGUGAACCCGCCACCGUCUACUGAUGGUGGUUUGCCUCCAGUAAAUGGUAUACACACGGACGAAAGCAACGCACUAGGCCUAAACGUGAUACUGUUUAUUACUGUGGGGAGUGUCGUGGCGGUAGCUUUGAUAUUCGGGGUUUUCUAUCUUCGCCCAAAGCGGGCCAUCACCCAUGAGUUGCUAACUCCCGAGCCUCCGCGACCGAUGGAUCGCACUGGUGCAUAUCCAUACGAUCAUUCUCUAGAGCUGGAAUCUACUGGUCCGUACGAUGCCUCAAACACGCCACGGGGGUCGAUAUAA